AUGAUAGGAGAUAGGACCGAAGAAGAUGAAAAAGUAUUAAGCGUAAAAUCAGAUAUUUGUGGAGCUUUUCAUGCUCAUAUUCACGCUCUCCUAUCUAGUCGUAGGAGACACACUGGCUCACGCGAGGACCCCCAACCCAGUCGUUGUCUUGGUGUUUUUGGUCUGAGCGUCUACACCACUGAGGAUGAACUCUAUCAUAUCUUCAACAAGUACGGGCCGGUCGAGAGAGUGCAAGUUGUAAUUGAUGCUAAGACUGCCAGAUCCAGAGGUUUUGCCUUUGUCUAUUUCAAAAGCUCCGACGACGCUAAAGUGGCCAAAGAGAAAUGCACUGGCAUGAAAAUCAAUCAAAAGAGCAUAAGAGUAGAUUUUUCUAUUACUGAAAGGGCUCACACUCCGACUCCUGGUAUUUACAUGGGAAAACCCACUCACAAAUAUGACAGAUACGAGAGCAGAGGACGUAGAGGAGAUAGAGACAGAGAGAUUGGUGAAAAAGAGACAAUUAUUAACUAUAUAUUCCUGAUUAUCGCAGGAGUUCUAGACACAGGCGCUCUCCAUCUCCUUAUUAUAGUAGCAGGAGCCGCAGGAGAUAUUCAAGAUCUCGCAGUUAUUCACCCAGGUUCAGAACAAGAGCUUUUGGAUGAAAUUGAAGUUUAUUAGAAAAUAAAAAAUCAAAAAAGUCCUUAAGAAGCGUUGUCGUGAAAAAAUAUCAAGACACUCUCGUAUCGCAAUCAAGAAUUCGCUUUUUGAAGAACCCGAAAAAAAAAAUGAAAUUUGUCUCAUUGGGAAGUCCUCAAUUAUCUCGCGUACGAAAAAAGAAAAUUUAUGGAUCAGGACGUCAUAUUUUAAUAUCUUAUUUUUAUUAAUCCUGAUACUCCUAUCCUUAUCCAUCUCCUUGGCCUUUUUUUUUUAUAACCAAGGCUUUCCUUAUUAACAAUAAACUUCUUUUUCAAUUUCUUCCACACAUGAAACUUGAGAAAUUUUAAUUUAAGUUUUUUUUUGGUGAGUAUAAUAGAAUAGCAAUUAGUAGUUCAGAUGUGUCACAUUUUGUGUGUUUAAAUUUGGAAAGGCAAAUUUUUGGUUUAAAGAUGCUUUUUUGAAAUGUGAUAAAAUUAUUGUAUGAAAAGACUUGGAAGACCGAACAAUGUACAAAUAAUUAGAGGAACUCGUCUGAUAACAUUUGUUGUAAAUUUUUGGGUCUAUCAAUAAUAAUUUGCCUCUCAUUGUAAUCUAAAAUGUUUCCAUGCCUGUAAUUUAAUAAUUUCUAGAUUUAAAUAAUAAAUUAUUUGUGCUUGGA